AUGGGGGGUAAAAGCGAUGCUGAAUGGUCUGUUGAAUAUGACACUCUCAGGCGCGAGCGGUUGUUUAGGCACCCUCCAAAGGAUAGAACCGCCUAUCCUGCGCUAGCAGCUGCCAUUCGCCCUCACAUAGACUCGUUUAAUGCCCUGUUUGAGGAUACCAAGGUGUUGGAGGCAGCUCUGAAGGAUAUUGGAAUAAAAUCAUUCAUUGACGGGAGCUCAGGAACCCCAGAAGAAAAGGCCUCUCGACGAGAGGAUGGAAGAAGGGCGCCAAAAAGAAACAAACUUAGCGUGCGGAUAACCGAGUUGUUUUUAGAGAAAGCAGUUCUCCCUGCUUCAAACAAAUACAGCACACGCAACCGAGAAAUUUACCCUGCCGAGUGUCGUGAAAGACACGCGACUUACCGAGGAAAAUUGAGGGCCAGAUUAGAAUAUAGGAUAAAUAAUGGAGAGUGGAAGGAAUCGGUUCGGGAGUUAGGCCAAGUUCCCAUCAUGAUACGAUCUAAUCGAUGCCACUUAGAGAAGGCUACCCCGUCUCAGCUGGUCGAUCACAAAGAAGAGUCGGAAGAGCUGGGCGGCUACUUUAUCGUCAAUGGAAACGAGAAACUUAUCCGGAUGUUGAUUGUCGGUAAAAGAAACUUUCCAACGGGAAUCAUCCGAAACUCAUUCCAGAAGCGUGGUUCGGCGUAUACAAAGUUUGGUGUACAGCUGCGUUCGGUCAGGCCAGAUCAGACUUCGCAGACGAAUGUUCUCCACUACCUCAAUGAUGGGAAUGUCACAUUUCGCUUUUCCUGGAGGAAAAACGAAUACCUCGUGCCUGUCAUGAUGAUUCUGAAAGCCCUAAUUGAGACCAAUGACCGUGAAAUAUUUGAGCGGUUGGUCGGCAGAGAAGGUUCCUUGGGUAUUGAAAACACAUUUAUCACUGACCGUGUGGAGCUUCUCUUACGAACAUACAAGGCAUACGGCGCUCAUUCUCGGUCACGGUGCAGGGCCUAUUUGGGCUCCAAGUUUAGAUUCGUCCUUGGAAUGCCAGAGGAUACCCCUGAAGAGGACGUUGGUACUGAAUUCUUAAGAAAGAUCGUCUUGCCGCACCUGGGUAACCAGAAUGUCACGGAGACUCAGGACAAUGACAAGUUCAACAUGAUUCUGUUCAUGAUACGGAAACUCUAUAACCUGGUCGCGGGAGAUUGUGCGCCGGACAAUCCUGAUGCUGUAUCUAACCAGGAGGUCCUCCUUGGUGGCUAUUUGUAUGGCAUGCUUCUGAAAGAGCGACUAGAGGAGUGGUUAAAAUCCGUUGGCCCCAUGGUGCGGGAUUGGAGAAUGAGAAAUCAAGACGCCAAGUUCACAGAUCCCAAAUUCGAAAGGGAAUUCCUUACAAAGAUUAUCGGGAGAACAAAUGAAAACAUCGGUGGUGCUAUGGAGUAUUUCCUGUCCACUGGGAACUUGGUGAGUCCUACUGGACUCGAUCUUCAGCAGCCUUCGGGUUACACGGUAAUGGCAGAAAAGAUCAACUUCUAUCGAUUCAUCAGUCAUUUUCGAAUGAUUCACAGAGGAAGCUUCUUCGCGCAGUUGAAAACUACUACGGUUCGAAAAUUAUUACCGGAGAGUUGGGGAUUCCUUUGCCCCGUCCACACUCCUGAUGGAAGUCCCUGUGGUCUACUGAACCACUUGGCACAUAAAUGUUUAAUAUCGACAUCAAACCUGGAUGUUUCUGGUAUACCUGGAGUUCUUGCUGAGCUUGGAGUGACAUCUGAAUCGUCAUGUUCCAUCGAGGAGAGUAUCCCUGUCCAGCUAGAUGGAAAGAUUCUAGGAUACUGCACGCCCAAACAGUCUCGUACUAUUGCUGAUACCCUUCGAUAUUGGAAAGUCCAGGGCCACAAGAAAAUUCCAGUAGAACUUGAAAUUGGUUAUGUUCCCAGUUCGAAUGGCGGUCAAUAUCCGGGCGUUUACAUGUUCUCAGAAGCCGCUCGUAUGUACCGACCAGUCAAGUAUCUUCCCCUAGAUAAAUUAGACUAUGUCGGGUCGUUUGAGCAGCCUUAUAUGGAAAUUGCCUGUGUUGCUUCUGAUAUCAGGAACGGUGUUUCUACCCACAUCGAGUUUGACCCUACUCACAUUCUCUCUAUUCUCGCCAACAUGACCCCAUUCUCUGACUUCAACCAAUCUCCACGUAACAUGUAUCAGUGUCAGAUGGGUAAACAAGCAAUGGGAACACCUGGAACUGCCAUCGAUUACAGGACAGACAACAAGCUCUAUCGACUGCAGACUGGCCAGACGCCGGUCGUCAGGCCGCCUCUGUAUAACGCCUAUGGACUGGAUAAUUUUCCCAACGGCAUGAAUGCAGUAGUUGCUGUUAUUUCAUACACAGGCUAUGACAUGGACGACGCCAUGAUAAUUAACAAAUCUUCCCAUGAGCGCGGGUUUGGCUAUGGAACCAUUUAUAAGACGAAGAUUUACGCUUUGGAUGAUAAAGAAUCACGAGGACGUGGGAAGUCCAAGAGAGCAAUCACCAAGCUAUUCGGGUUUGCACCUGGCGGGUUGGUCAAGGCGGAGUGGAAAGCUCAGCUCGAUGAAGACGGACUUCCACACAUUGGAGCCAAGGUGAGCGAAGGCAGCCUGGUGGGCGCUUGGCACACUGUCCAAUAUGAUCCAGCAACAGACACAUACAUCAAUGUUGACAAGCAAACGCACUUCCUGAAAUACAAAGACGGAGAAGAAGGAUUCAUUGAUAGCGUCAGAGUACUUGGAUCAGAGACCGGAAACGAAGUGUGCCAGGCUGUCAGCAUCAAGUACAGAGUACCCCGUCGGCCAGUGAUUGGUGACAAAUUCUCAUCUCGUCACGGUCAAAAAGGUGUCUUAUCCCAACUCUGGCCAGCGACUGACAUGCCUUUCUCCGAGUCUGGAAUCCAACCUGAUGUCAUCAUUAACCCACACGCUUUCCCGUCUCGAAUGACGAUAGGUAUGUUUGUCGAGUCGCUCGCAGGUAAAGCUGGCUCACUACAUGGCCUUCCCCAGGACUCAACUCCCUUCCAGUUUUCUGAAGAAGCGACGGCGGGAGACUUCUUCGGCAAACAACUUCAGAAAGCAGGUUAUAACUUUCACGGAAACGAGCCCAUGUACUCUGGCAUCACGGGCCGAGAGUUUGCGGCCGACAUCUAUAUUGGCGUCGUCUACUACCAGCGUCUGCGACACAUGGUUAACGAUAAGUUUCAAGUGCGUACAACUGGUCCUGUCAACGCUCUGACCGGCCAGCCCGUCAAAGGUCGUGCUAAAGGUGGUGGUAUCCGUGUCGGAGAGAUGGAACGUGACGCAUUGUUAGCCCACGGUGCAGCAUUCUUACUCCAGGAUCGACUGAUGAACUGUUCCGAUUCUCAGCGUGCAUGGAUAUGCCGAACCUGCGGCUCGUUCAUCUCAACACAAGUAGCUGUUUCCCAGCUCUUAUCGCCACAUAAGAACCCGGCAAUGGAUGCCGUCGUCCAAUCCACCGCCAGCGCCAUAGCCAAACCUCUUAGUGGAGUGAGUGCCCUCGGUGGUCUGGCUGGUAUUGUACGAUGUAGACGAUGCGCCCGAGAGGCGGUCUUUGAUGAUCCCCGGGCAGAGGUGUGGGAGGAUGGUUCUGGUAAGAGAUAUGUUGGCGGCAGUGAUACAACUGUGGUUGCAGUUCCUGGAGUGCUCAAAUAUCUCGACGUGGAACUUGCUGCUAUGGGCAUCAAAAUGAGGUUCCAAGUCGAUAAUUAG